UGGGUAAGAUCACGUCUCCGUCUCUUUCUGUAGCCCUCAUUCCAGCACAGGAUCUCAGCAUUUUUUCCCCCUCUUUCCCCCAAACACUCCAAUACACAGAGUCUUUUCUUCUCCCUCAUUUACAACUUCUUUUUAAAAGAGAACAUUUCCUAAGGAAAGGGGAUUUGCUGAAUAGAAAAGAUAUAAAACAAAAGCUACAGCAGCCUGACUUCCAGCGUGGCAUUGUCACCAGCCCCUUUGCAUGGUGAUGCGAUUAAGGUAACAGCAUUUUUAUUAUUCAGGAAAAGCAGCUAGGGGAUUCAUCAGUUCUGAGGCUUUGUCUCUCCUGGGCUAACUGAUGGUUCUGAGCCUUGGUUUGACCUGACCAUGAUGCCCAAGACUGGCACUUUUUGUUUUUUCUCAGCAAACUGUACAACCCCAAAUCUCUUUUUGAUUUUCAAGGAAACUAGAUUCCUGCCAGAUUUUGAGUCUGGACAAUAAAUAGGCACUUUGUCCUAGUCUUCUUUCUGGAAUCAUUUCGGGAUAUUUUCCACAACCAUCACAGAAACAGGAAUGAACCGGCAGCUAGUGAACAUUUUGACAGCCUUGUUUGCAUUUUUCUUAGGGACAAACCACUUCAGGGAAGCUUUCUGCAAAGACCAUGACUCCAGGUCUGGAAAACAUCCCUCGCAGACCCUAUCUCCUUCAGAUUUCUUGGAUAAAUUAAUGGGAAGGACAUCAGGAUAUGAUGCAAGAAUCAGGCCAAAUUUUAAAGGUCCUCCAGUAAACGUUACUUGCAAUAUUUUUAUCAACAGUUUUGGAUCGGUCACAGAAACCACCAUGGACUACCGAGUGAACAUUUUUCUGAGACAGCAGUGGAACGAUUCACGGCUGGCAUACAGUGAGUACCCAGAUGAUUCCCUGGAUUUGGAUCCCUCCAUGUUGGAUUCGAUUUGGAAACCAGAUUUGUUCUUUGCCAAUGAGAAAGGUGCCAAUUUCCAUGAUGUCACCACUGACAACAAGUUGUUGCGGAUUUCCAAAAAUGGCAAAGUGCUCUACAGUAUUAGACUCACCUUGACUUUAUCCUGUCCAAUGGACCUGAAGAACUUUCCAAUGGAUGUCCAAACCUGUACAAUGCAGCUGGAGAGUUUUGGGUACACCAUGAAUGACCUGAUAUUUGAGUGGUUAAGUGAUGGUCCAGUUCAAGUUGCUGAAGGACUCACCCUGCCCCAGUUUAUUUUGAAAGAAGAGAAGGAGCUCGGUUAUUGCACAAAGCAUUACAACACUGGCAAGUUUACCUGCAUUGAGGUCAAGUUUCACCUGGAACGCCAGAUGGGCUACUAUUUGAUUCAGAUGUACAUCCCCAGCCUGUUGAUAGUCAUUUUGUCCUGGGUCUCCUUUUGGAUAAACAUGGAUGCAGCCCCUGCCAGGGUUGCCCUUGGCAUCACAACAGUCCUGACAAUGACUACCCAGAGUUCAGGUUCCAGGGCAUCUCUGCCAAAGGUCUCCUACGUGAAAGCGAUUGACAUCUGGAUGGCAGUGUGCCUUCUGUUUGUGUUUGCUGCCUUACUGGAAUAUGCAGCAGUGAACUUUGUCUCCAGGCAACAUAAGGAGUUCCUUCGUCUCCGGAGACGACAGAAGAGGCAGAAUAAGAUAUAA